GAAGUCAAGUCUCCUUCUUUCCCACUGCCGCAUGAUAUCAAUCCUCAAAUCCAAUUUGUAAUUGCGAACCCUAAUUUCAAUUCUCCAUCUUCAAAUUCCUGCAAUUCGCACUUAACUACGAAAUCAUCGCUUCUGCGUACUAAAUUCCGCCUGAUAACCCAAAAGUUUGACGAGUCCUCCAUUGAACAUGAAAAUUGAGAAUGAAGUUUGAAGAAAAUUAGUCUUUUACCAUCAGAGGCUCGUGUUUCUUCUAAAGUACCCAAUUUGCUUUGUGUAGUGGUCGGCUAGAUACUCACUGGCCGGGCAAACUUUGAGCACGACACCAUGGGAAGCACUUUUAAUCCUCAGAUACUGGUUGACAAGCUAUCAAAGCUUAACAGCUCACAGCAAAGUAUUGAGACUCUGUCACACUGGUGCAUUUUUCACAUGAACAAAGCAAAACAAGUCGUAGAAACAUGGGAUAGACAGUUCCAUAGUGCUCCUCGUGAGCAGCGCCUGGCUUUUCUAUAUCUUGCGAAUGACAUUCUCCAGAACAGUAGACGAAAGGGUGCAGAGUUUGUUGCAGAGUUUUGGAAGGUUUUACCAGAUUCUCUUCGCGAUGUAAUUGAACAUGGAGAUGAAUUCGCAAAGAGAUCUGCUUUGCGCCUGAUUAGUAUAUGGGACGAGAGAAAAGUAUUUGGCUCGAGAGGCCAAAUUCUUAAGGAAGAGUUUGUAAAAAAGGAAUUGGACAAUGGCAAUAAAACUCGGAAGCUUACCGGACCUAAACUGCAGCCGGUUGGUGGUAAUUCAUUGGAAAAACUAGUUUCUGGUUUUGAAGCUGUCUCUAGCAGUCGGGUGGAUGAGGAUGCCAUUUUUACCAAAUGUAGAAAUGCCAUCACCUUUGUUGAAAAAGUGGAGAAAGAUGUUGAGGGUGAUUCUCAAUUAGGGCAUGUCAAGGGUGGUAUAGGUGAUGAGCUCAAGGAGCAGCAUGCCGUUCUCAGGGACUGCAUCACGCAACUUGCUGUUGUUGAAUCUGCUAGAGGAAACCUCGUAUCUCUCUUACGGGAGGCUCUGCAGGAACAGGUCUAUAAGCUGGAUCAAGUCCGAGAUCAACUUCAGGCAGCUCAGACUCGUUCAGAGCAGGCCGGUAACAUCUGCAAGCAACUUCUUGGCGGCAAUGGUAAUGGACAGAUUAUUGUCGAGCAGAGUAGAAACGCAGUGCCAGUGUCACAGAUGCCGCAGAAAUUGAUACCUGCAGCCGGGGAGCAGACAGCCUCAGUGACCUACACCCUGCAGGCGCCCGCUCCUGGAAAUUCAAGCCACAUCAAAGAAGAACCGAAAUCCGCAGCAGCUGCAAUGGCAGCAAAGCUCGCAGCAUCGUCGUCUUCUGCCCAGAUGCUGACCUUUAUGCUCUCGUCUCUUGCGUCAGAAGGAGUGAUCAGAAGCUCCAUCAACGAGCCCCCCGAGAAGAAGGCUAAGCUCGAGAACGAACACCCUUCAUACGUUCCUCAGAACUCCCCUGCUCCAGCCUUUGAGCAAAAUCUGCCGGUCACUUCCCAGGAGAUGAACUCCAACGAGCCCCCACCACCGCCAUCGUCUCCGCCUCCCAUGCCGCCUUUGCCACCACCACCUAUGCAGUCUUUUCCGGUGCCCCAAUACAUGCAAACCGCGAUGCCAAUGCUCAGUUGCCAAUACACCUACAGCCCGAGCCUGCAGCCGCCGCUACCUCCACCUGGUUACACCCCAGCCGCCCCUCCGGCAACUGGAGUUUCUCCAUUUACUCCUCCGUCGAAUGGCUAUCAAAAUUUUCCACCGGAAGGGGGUUUCUAUGGCCAGCCGUCGUCUCUACCGAUGGCCCCGAUGAGCCGGCAGUAGAACGACGGCCCCGACCGUGGCUUGUGUCUGAAUAUGACCAUGGAGUUUAAGAUAAACUAGUUAAGCCUCGUUUCUAUUAUACAGUAGCAAUGUGGAGAGAUUUGGAUUGGGUGUAUAGUGAUUUGCAAAUUGUAAUUUAGGUUGUUUGUAACUUAAUUUCCACUAUAAUUUUUUUGGACUUUUAGGAGUUAGGGAAGCUUCUAUUUAGAGUCUGCGUUAGUAUUUGAAUUAA